AUGAGAUCGUUGAGGCAGGACAAGACGAACUCACCGAAAACACCCGGACGAAAACGAGGCUCAACAGGGAAGUUCUUCAGUCCGAAAGAGGAUAGUGCGACAGCUUUCAAACCGAACAGCCAUUCGAUGAUCACCAACCUCAAAAACACCAACAAGGAAUCGAACAACAAAACCUCGCCUAAUUUCAACAAGCGCAUCGCAUUCCUCCAGGAUAAUCCCUUUCAAGGCUCGCCUCAAGCCUUUUUCUUCUUCACCAAUGUGGGCCCGAACCACAUCGAAUACCGCGGAGUCUUCAGUCCGAGUGCCGUGCCGCUGAACUUCAAGGAUAGUCCCGAUGCCCUUUUUCAAUUGAUACCUCAGCUACCAAAACUGUUCAACUUCGACAACCGGGGUAUACCUCCACCCCAGGAGCCGCCAAAACCUCGCCAACCGCUCCCACCGCGUCUACCGCUUCCGACACCACAGAUCAUCGAAGAUCCCGUGCCUCUGGCUCCCAUUGAACUCCCUCCCGCGGCCCCUCUGAGUCAUUCUCCGCCGAGGCUUCCCCUGAAUCCUCCCCCGCCCCCACCUCCGCCGCCACCAGUUCCCGCGGACGUUCCGCAAAGACCCUCCCUGAUACAGCCGGAGCCGCCGCGACAGGUCUACCCUCUGGCUUUGCCACCGCCGCCGAAUCUACAGCUGGCCGACAGACCGAUCAAUCAGCCGUUCCCGAAAUACGAUUUUGUUCGGGGCAGUUUCGACGGUUACCCGAAAAUAUUCCGUUUCAACGACGAGCGAAUUUCGAUACUCGACUUCGAUAAACAGAAGAAGGCGGGACAAGUGAUCCGGCGGAAAGGGGACGAUCUGGACCCAGAGCGAGUUCCUCGCAACAGUUUCCUCAUAUUCCACGGCGGUCAGUUCCCGUCGAAAGAAGAUUCGUUGAGUAGGAAUCGGCUCGACACCGGUGUGAAGAACAAUCGUUUCCGGAACUUCGUCGACUUUGGGAAUUUCCUCGAAUAG